AUGGAGCUAAAACUUCACGCAUCAAUGGCAUCUUCGUCUUCCCCCACACCUCCUUUCUGCACCUACGCGGUUCCCGACGCGAGCAGGCUUCAUCCCCGCCGAAACGGCACCAACAAAGGUCGUUCCACUCCACCUUUACGGAAGGGGAGCCACUCCAAUGAACCAAAGUUGAAGCUUGACGAAGGGGUCCAUCAAAAUCAAAACGCCCCAUUUUCCAGAAGCUCGUUGAAUGUCGACUUGCUGGGCUUGUGUGAAGAGGGUAAGCUCAAUCAAGUUUUAGAACUCAUGGGUCAAGGUGUUGUUGCUGAUUAUAGCGUUUAUCUUGCGCUCUUGAAUUUAUGCGUGGAUACAAGGUCGCUUGAAUCGGGGAAAAGGGUUCAUGAAUUCUUGAGAAGAACAAACUUUCGAGGGGACAUUGAAUUAAACAACAGAUUGAUUGGAAUGUACGGGAAAUGUGGCAGUAUGAUGGAUGCGCGCAAACUGUUUGAUGAAAUGCCCGAGAGAAACAUUAGUUCGUGGCAUUUGAUGAUUAGUGGAUACACGGUGAAUGGUCUAGGGGAUGAUGGUUUAUUGAUUUUUCAGAAGAUGAAGCAAGCAGGGAUACCACCUGAUGGGGAAACUUUUGCAUUGGUUUUGGCUGCAUGUGCCCGGGCAGAAGCUGUUGAAGAAGGGUUCGUGCACUUUGAAUCCAUGAAAGAGUAUGGAAUUGUUCCUAGCAUGGAGCACUACUUUGAGGUUAUUAAUAUUCUGGGGAAUGCUGGUCAAUUGAAUGAAGCUGAGGAGUUCAUUGAGAAAAUACCUAUUGAGCUUGGGGUUGAGGUUUGGCAAGCUCUUCGAAAUUUUGCACAAAUUCAUGGAGAUUUAGAACUUGAAGAUCGUGCAGAGGAGUUGUUAACAUGUAUUGAUCCUUCAAAAGCCAUUGCUCAGAAACUGCCAACACCUCCAAGAAAGAAGCAGUCUGGAAUUAACAUGCUAGAGGAGAAGAAUAGAGUGAGUGAGUAUCGGUAUUCUAUCCCCUAUAAAGAAGAAGAAGCUCAUGAGAAAUUGAAAGGUUUGAAUGGACAGAUGAGGGAAGCAGGUUAUGUGCCGGAUACAAGAUAUGUUCUCCAUGACAUUGACGAGGAGGAAAAAGAGAAGGCCUUGCAAUAUCAUAGCGAACGUUUGGCAAUUGCAUAUGGUCUCAUCAGUACUCCCCCGAGGACUACACUUAGAAUCAUCAAGAAUCUACGUAUCUGUGGAGACUGCCACAAUGCAAUCAAAAUUAUGUCAAAGAUUGUUGGAAGGGAGCUCAUUGUUAGGGAUAACAAGCGAUUCCAUCAUUUCAAAGAUGGAAAAUGCUCCUGUGGAGAUUAUUGGUAGUCUUGGUAAAAGUACUCGAGUGUAGAUACUCUGAUGCUAUACUACUAGAUUGUUUCUUUUGUACUGCCAAAAUAUUCAAAGUUCAAAUCAAUAGACUGGGAGAUCAAAGAAAGUUUUGUUCCAUCUAUGAAUUGACCGACAUAGCUUCCCUCUGUCAUACAUGUUUGUUAGACUACAAAAAUUGAAGUUUUAUCUAAACAGUAGUUGGUAUGAUGCUGCAUAAUGUUUAUCGUGGCUUCUGGUAUAAGCUAUGAAGUGUUCUUACUAAUGUGCUUUUCUAUGCGUCCUGAUUUGUCUUUCUUUGAAAUAGCAUGGAAUUUA